CAUACGGAGCCGGGAACCACUCUAAGCCCCAUGCCGGUUCUCAAAGCCUCACUCCGCCUAACCUGACCACCGCCCACGUGGCAGGUGGGGGGCGGGGACGCGUGGAGCAGCUUGGGCCCGGACCUCUGCGCCUGCGCGCUGCGGCGGGCUCAAGGACCCGGAUUUAAAGAGACAGGCGCUACAACCGUCGUGGCGGCGCGCUGCCUGUGGGCGCCCGCUGCGAGGCCUGCGGUGUGCGCCGGAGUUGGGAAAGCAGCUGUAUGACUUUGACUUUCAAGAUCCUCUUCCCACCAACCCUCCGUGCACUCAGGCGAAAAGAACUGUGCCUAUUCCGACAGCAACAUCACUGGCCUGACAGAAGACAGUUCAGCCAUUGGUCAGAAACAGAUCUGCUUCAUGGGCACUGCCUCCUCCAGAGAAGAAAGCUUGCUCUGUCAUUCCAGGAAGGCCAUCUAAGACCACGUGCCACCUGCCUUGUUUUGCCAGGGGCGCAUGUGGGACUCUGCAGUGGCCCCUGUGAGAUGGCCGAGCAACGAUUCUGUGUGGACUAUGCCAAGCGCGGCACGGCGGGCUGCAAAAAGUGCAAGGAAAAGAUUGUGAAGGGGGUGUGCCGGAUCGGCAAAGUGGUGCCCAACCCCUUUUCAGAGUCCGGGGGUGAUAUGAAAGAGUGGUAUCACAUUAAAUGCAUGUUUGAGAAACUGGAGCGGGCCCGGGCUACCACAAAAAAAAUCGAGGACCUCACAGAGCUGGAAGGCUGGGAAGAGCUGGAAGACAAUGAGAAGGAACAGAUAAGCCAGCACAUUGCAGAUCUGUCUUCUAAGGCAACAGGCACACCAAAGAAGAAAACCGUCGUGCAGGCUAAGCUGACAGCCACUGGCCAGGUGACCUCUCCAGUGAAAGGUGCCUCACUUGUCACCAAUAGCAAUCCCCGGAAAUUUUCUGGUUUUUCAGCCAAGCCCAACAACUCUGGGGGAGCCCGCUCAAGCCCUCCCCCUAAGGCAAGUCUGUCCUCAAGCAGAUGUGACCCCAAGCACAAGGAUUGUCUGUUUCGCGAGUUUCGGAAGUUGUGUGCCAUGGUGGCUGAGAAUCCUAGCUACAACACGAAGACCCAGAUCAUCCAGGACUUUCUUCGGAGAGGUUCAGCAGGAGAUAGUUUCCACGGCGACGUGUACCUGACAGUGAAGUUGCUGCUGCCGGGUGUUAUUAAGAGUGUUUACAACUUGAAUGAUAAGCAGAUCGUGAAGCUUUUCAGCCGCAUUUUCAACUGCAACCCAGAUGAUAUGGCACGAGACCUAGAGCAGGGCGACGUGUCGGAGACCAUCAGAGUCUUCUUUGAGCAGAGCAAGUCUUUCCCCCCAGCUGUCAAGAGCCUCCUUACUAUCCAGGAGGUGGAUGAAUUCCUCCUUCGGCUCUCCAAGCUCACCAAGGAGGAUGAGCAGCAACAGGCCCUGCAGGACAUUGCCUCCAGGUGUACAGCCAAUGACCUCAAGUGUAUCAUCAGGUUGAUCAAACAUGAUCUGAAGAUGAACUCGGGUGCAAAGCACGUGUUAGAUGCCCUUGACCCCAAUGCCUAUGAAGCCUUCAAAGCCUCGCGCAACCUGCAGGACGUGGUGGAGCGGGUCCUCCGCAAUGAGCAGGAGGUGGAGAAGGAGCCAGGCCGGAGACGAGCUCUGAGCGUCCAGGCUUCCCUGAUGACGCCAGUGCAGCCCAUGCUGGCCGAGGCUUGCAAGUCCAUCGAGCACGCGAUGAAGAAGUGUCCUAACGGCAUGUUCUCUGAGAUCAAGUACGAUGGGGAGCGAGUGCAGGUGCAUAAGAAGGGGGACCACUUCAACUACUUCAGCCGCAGCCUCAAGCCUGUCCUGCCUCACAAGGUGGCUCACUUCAAGGACUACAUCCCCCAGGCUUUCCCCGGGGGCCACAGCAUGAUCUUGGACUCUGAGGUGCUCCUGAUUGACACGAAGACAGGCAAACCGCUGCCCUUUGGGACUCUGGGAGUGCACAAGAAAGCUGCCUUCCAGGAUGCUAAUGUUUGCCUAUUUGUUUUUGAUUGUAUCUACUUCAAUGAUGUCAGCUUGAUGGACAGGCCUCUGUGUGAGCGGCGGAAGUUUCUUCAUGAUAACAUGGUUGAAAUUCCCAACCGGAUCAUGUUCUCAGAAAUGAAGCAAGUCACUGUUGUCUCUGAGUCUCCACGUACGAGGGCAGGCCCUGAAACAUCCUUCCUAGCUGGGCUCCCUGUGUCUCAAGGCUGCAGCCACUUUCUGAAAGCUGCGGACUUGGCCGACAUGAUAAACCGGGUCAUCCGAGAGGGGCUGGAAGGGCUGGUGCUGAAGGACGUGAAGGGUACAUAUGAGCCUGGAAAGCGGCACUGGCUGAAGGUGAAGAAAGACUAUUUGAACGAGGGAGCCAUGGCGGACACAGCUGACCUGGUGGUCCUUGGGGCCUUCUAUGGGCAAGGGAGCAAAGGUGGCAUGAUGUCCAUCUUCCUCAUGGGCUGCUAUGACCCAAGCAGCCAGAAGUGGUGCACAGUCACCAAGUGUUCAGGAGGCCACGAUGACGCGACCCUUGCCCGCCUGCAGAAGGAACUGGACAUGGUGAAGAUCAGCAAGGAUCCCAGCAAGAUACCCGGCUGGCUGAAAAUCAACAAGAUCUACUAUCCUGACUUCAUAGUCCCAGACCCAAAGAAAGCUGCCGUGUGGGAGAUCACGGGGGCUGAGUUCUCCAAGUCUGAGGCGCACACGGCCGACGGGAUCUCCAUCCGGUUCCCACGUUGCACCCGCAUCCGUGAUGAUAAAGACUGGAAAUCUGCCACUAACCUCCCCCAACUCAAGGAACUGUACCAGCUGUCCAAGGAGAGGGCCGACUUCACCGUGGCGGCCCAAGAGGAGGGGAGCUCCACCACAGGGGGCAGCAGCGGAGAGAACGGGGGUGCCUCGGGGCCUGCGGGGACUCGCAAGGCCUCCAGGGCCUCCCCGAAGCAGCCCUCCCCCGGCACCAGGAAGGCAGGAGGGAGGCUGAGUAGCCCCAGCAGCAGAGGCGGCCAGCAGCAGACUGUGAAGGCGGGCCGGAAGCGGAAGGCCGAGGAGACCCCGUGCCCAGACAAGAGGCGGCCAGCCAGCCCACAGAGCCGAAGGAGAGCCGCGCCGGCGGGCGGGAGCUAGAGCGGCCCGGCCUGGGUGACAGAGGCCACAGGCUGCCCCCGGGCUGCUGGUCCCGUCACAGUUUAUAUUAAAGACAGGGGACAGAGCCCGGUCUGGGUGGUGCGGCUGUGUGAGUUUGUGCUCAGGGCCCAAACAGACCCAGCCCGCGGGGAGCGGGUGUCGUCCUACCUGCUGCGCCGUCCCCUGGUGCCCGCCCUUGUUGGUCUUUGGUUUGAAAACAGCUGUUGGGCCCCUCCUGGAUGCGGAAAUUAGGCUCAGCCCCGGGGGGACUGCUGGCCCAAAGGUACCGAGGUACACACUGGGUCUCUGUACACGUGGUGGAGCCACACGGUCCUCCUGCCCCCCAGCCUAGUCCCCAGCAGAAGCAGGCAGUCUUUCCCAGCUUUUCCCUACCUGAAGCCCUUGCCCCCGUCCUCGGCAGAGCGGGGCUGCUGACCCCCAAGUCUGGCUACCUGGGCGCCGCGCACUGCCCCGUCCACCAGCACCCCGGAGUCCAGGAGCCACUGGCCCUGCCCACUGGAUGGAGCCUGGAAAGACCCACUCUCCCCUUCUCCAGCUUCCCAGUGUGGGGAUCCACCAGCACUGCCUCCUUUUCCUCUAGACUGGGGCUGGGGGACUGGCGUUCUGAUGCCUGGUCCUUCCCUGCAGUCAGCUCUGAGGGAGGUGGUGGUCCCCCCCACCCCCCGGCCUGGGCUGACCGCUGUGU